UCGAGUACGCAGCGUCGUGUUAGUUUCGUGGUGGGUUCGAGUGGAUUCAGCGACCACUUGCGGGUGCGUGCUCACACGUCAGCCGAUGGUUGGGUAGAUGGACGGUGUUGAUCGAAACCAGUGAGCAGUUGAGAAGGGAGAGUAAACUUUGACUUGGUUUGACUUUUCAUGUACGUAGUUUUCUAGUAGAACUUUUUCUGACCUAUAUACCGAUGCUGUCAUUGUGAACAUUCGCUACUGCUAUACGUGUUAGAUUACAACAUCUACGCAGGAGUUCGAUAUUAUCCUGGAACAUUAAUACUUCUAGUUGGUUGUUAGGUAGUAUUAUUUGUUUCUUUUGAAAAAAGACUUAUUACUUAUUCACAGAGACCAUACAAAGUAAUAUAUCUGUGAGUCUCAAGCCACCAUCUAGGCAACACCUGUUGCUCAUAUAGAUGCUAUAAGCUCCGCGAUAACAUCGCUAGCUACAACCUCGGCGGCAUGGGAUGCAGCGCCGGGCUCAUCUCCAUCGACCUGGCCAAGCAGCUGCUCCAGGUAAUUUUUUUUAUACCACUCCUCGAGUACGUAGCGUAGUGUUAAUUUUGCGGUGGGUUCGAGUGGGUUCAGCGACCACCUGCGGGUGCGUGCCCGCACGUCAGCCGAUGGUUGGGUGGAUGGAUGGCGUUGAUCGAAACUAGUGAGCGGUUGGGAAGGGCGAGUAGACUUUGAGUUGGUUUGACUUUUCAUAUACGUAGUAGACUUUGAGUUGGUUGUUAGGUAGUAUUAUUUGUUUAUUUUGAAAAAAGACUUAUUACUUAUUCACAGAGACCAUACAAAGUAAUACAUCUGUGAGUCUCAAGCCACCAUUUAGGCAACACCUAUUGCUCAUAUAGACGCUAUAAGCUCCGCGAUAACGUCGCUAGCUACAACCUCGGCGGCAUGGGAUGCAACGCCGGGCUCAUCUCCAUCGACCUGGCUAAGCAGCUGCUCCAGGUCCACCGGAACUCGUACGCGCUGGUGGCGAGCAUGGAGAGCAUCAUGAUCAACUGGUACUGGGGCAACUACUGCUCCAUGCUCAUGUCCAACUGCCUCUUCCGCAUAGGCGAUGCGGCAAUCCUCCUCAGCAACCGCGCCGCCGACAAGCGCUGCUCGAAAUACCAGCUCGUGCACACCGUGCGCACGCACCACGACAUCGACGACCACGCCUACCGCUGCAUGUUCCAGGAGGAGGAUAAGGCUAGCCUGGUCGGUGUCGCGCUCUCCAAUGACCUCAUGGCCAUCGCCGGCUCGGCCCUCAAGACCAACAUCACCACGCUCGGCCCCCUCGUUCUCCCCAUGUCCGAGCAGAUCCUUUUCCUCAUAUCUCUCAUCGGCAAGAAGAUCUUUAGUCUCAAGAUGAAGCCCCACAUUCCGGACUUCAAGAUGGACUUCGAGCACUUCUGCAUCCAUGCUGGCGGCAGGGCGGUGCUGGACACCAUCGAGAAGAACCUGGAGCUCAGUGACUGGCACAUGGACCCUACGAAGAUGACAUUAAACCGGUGGGGGAACACGUCGAGCAGCCUGCUCAGGUACGAGCUUGCAUACACGGAGGCCAAGGGACGCGUCCGACGCGGGCACCGUGCAUGGCAGAUCGCCUUCGGGUCAGGGUUCAAGUGUAACAACGCGGUGUGGCGCGCGCUCAAGGACAUUCACCCGUCAAAGGAAGCCCGCAACAACCCAUGGAUUGAGGAGAUCCACCGGUGCCCAGUUGAGGUGCCCAAGGUGGAGAGCGUCGUUUCAUCGCCAUGAUAGGCUCAUCAAGGUCGAGUACGUAGGGUUUUCUAGAAAACAAAUCUUCUUUCCAACUUCAAAGUUAUCUAUUGAAUUAUUUGUAUCAUUAUGAUUUAACAUCACGUUAAUCGAUGGUUUGAGCUAGCUGAAUUGAUAUGAUACUUUAGUUGGUGUAUUUUUGUUAC